AAAGCAAAACCCUACGAAAAAACCCCUCCUCUUCCUUCGUCUUUCCUCAUUUUUCCGCAGUUGAGCUCCAACAAUGGGUCGGAAGCUCAAAGAAGCGACUCCUCCGAGCGACCCAGAAAUCCCCAACGACCCAGAACUCAACUCCGAGAAAAAGAAGAAGAAGAAGAAGAAGAACAAAAACAAAGACCCAGAAAACACCAUACACAGUCCCAAGAGAAAGAUCGAAGAACUCGAAAAAACCGAGGAAUUCUCCGAUUCGAAAGAGAGGAAGAAGAAGAACAAGAAGAAGAAGGAGAAGGAGAACAAGAACGAGGACGAGGGUUUGGAAGAGAAUGGGAAAAAUGAACAGAGCGGAAUCCACGAAGAUGGGCAUGUGGCGGUGACGGGGAAGGACGUGAAAGACGCCAAGUACGCGCCACUGAAGUCCUUCGCCGAGUCAAAGCUCCCGAGCGAUGUUCUUCAGUGUUGCCGGAAUUUCGAGAGCCCGUCGCCGAUACAGUCCCGGGCGUGGCCCUUUUUGUUGGACGGUCGGGAUUUUAUCGGGAUUGCGGCAACUGGGUCAGGCAAGACUUUGGCUUUUGGGGUGCCGGGGAUUAUGCAUAUAUUGAAGAAGAGGAAGGGGACGUUCUCCAAAGGAAGGAAUCCUCUUUGCCUUGUGCUCUCGCCUACGAGGGAGCUAGCUCAGCAAAUUUCAGAUGUUCUGUGUGAGGCCGGGAAACCUUGUGGGGUUAUUUCAGUUUGCUUGUAUGGAGGGACAUCCAAGGUGGCUCAAAUAUCUGCUCUGAAGUCUGGUGUAGAUAUUGUUAUUGGAACUCCUGGCCGUUUAAAGGAUCUGAUUGAGAUGGGUGUGUGCUGCCUUAAAGAUGUAACUUUUGGGGUCCUUGAUGAAGCAGAUCGAAUGCUUGACAUGGGAUUUGAACCUGAAGUUCGCCAUAUUUUGGGUCAGACUUGUUCAGCUCGCCAAAUGGUAAUGUUCAGUGCAACGUGGCCUUUAUUAGUCCACCAAUUGGCACAAGAGUUCAUGGAUCCUAAUCCGGUUAAGGUUGUUGUAGGUUCAGAGGAUUUAGCCGCCAACCAUGACGUUAUGCAGAUAGUUGAGGUUCUGGAUGACCGUGCUCGUGAUGCACGUCUGGUUGCUUUGCUGGAGAAAUCCCACAAAUCUGACCAAACGAGGGUUUUGGUAUUUGUCUUGUACAAAGUAGAAGCCACUCGUGUUGAAAACAUGCUGCAAAAGGGGGGUUGGAAGGUUGUUUCAAUACACGGUAACAAAUCACAACAUGAACGUACGAAGGCGCUGUCGUUAUUCAAGAAAGGAACCUGUCCUUUGAUGAUAGCUACAGAUGUGGCAGCUCGAGGAUUGGAUAUACCAGAUGUCGAAGUAGUUAUCAACUACAGUUUUCCUCUUACCACAGAAGAUUAUGUCCAUCGAAUAGGGCGAACAGGACGUGCCGGAAAGAAUGGUGUUGCUCACACCUUUUUCACGCAGCAAAACAAGGGACUGGCUGGAGAGCUGGUAAAUGUUCUCAGAGAAGCUGGGCAAAUUGUACCAGAUUCCCUAUUGAAGUUUGGCACUCACGUAAAGAAAAAGGAGUCUAAGCUCUAUGGAGCUCAUUUUAAAGAAAUUUCGGUGGACGCUCCAAAGUCCAAAAAGAUCACAUUUAACGACUCUGAUGACGAAUAAUGACUCGAGAUUAAACUCAUUCAUUAGUAGGAAGAGUAGAGAAAAAUAUAAAAGUCAUAGAUGCAAUUAGCCUUCUAUAAUAUAACAUUAUCCGUGAAAAGCAGUGUGUCGGAUGUUGAAUUUGCAGUCAUCCGCCAAACAGUAUAUUUAGAUUGAGCUUUUAGAGUGCCUUGCUGGAAAAUGCAGUGUAAUUUUGAUUCCCGUUGAUUAUAAGUUUUCUUUUA